UAAAGGGGACCUGAGGGGCAAGUUUUUCCACACAGAGGGUGGUGAGUAUAUGGAAGGAGCUGUCAGAGAAGGAGGUAGAGGCAGGAGUAAUGACAAUGUCUAAAAGACAUUUAGACAGGCACAUGGAGAGAAAAGGUCAAAGUCGAGUUUAUUGUCAUAUGCACAAGCAUGUGUAUGCACAGAUGCAAUGAAAAGCUUACUUGCAGCAGCAUCUGAGCUUUGAGAGGGAUGUGGGCCAAAUGCAGGCAAAUGGGACCAGCUCAGUUUGGUCGGCAUGGACCAGCCGGGCCGAAGGGCCUGUUUUCCGUGCUGUCCGACUCACGUAAAUUCCAGAAAAUGCUGGGAAGUGACCGAUGCUUUGUCGUCGGUUUGAACCAUUGAUCGAGUCGCCCGGCAUCGUUGCAGCGAGGGGGAGACGCACUGCCUCUAAACUGGCCGCCCGGUCGGGUGGUCGCGGCCCUACCGGCUGCCCGCUCCGUCCCACAAUCCCCCGGCGCUGGGGUGGCGGGAGGCGGGAGCGACGUAAUGGCGGCUCUGGUGUCUCUCAGCGUGGGCUUGCUCGGCAGAGGGCUGGCGGGGCUGCUCGGUUGCCCGCGGGCCGUCAGCUGCAGCAACUUUUGCAUACCAAUACGAAGGUUAUCAUUGGAUAAGCCUCCCAUCAUCCCUCCAAAACGGCCACUCACUGCUUAUCUACGUUAUGUGGUGGAGCAGCAACCGAUCUUAUUUAAGCAAAAACCAGAUCUCAGUGUGGUAGAAAGGACUAAAUGGAUUGCUCCUUGGAGACAGUUAACAGCAGAUCAGAAACAACCAUAUGAAAUUGCAGCAGUGAGUAAAGCAAAAUAUAAGUUGGAAUUGGCAGCCUUCGAAGCUCAACUCACUCCAACUCAAUUAGCCAGUUUGAAGGAAGAAAAGAGACAGAAGCUGGCCAAGCGAAAGAACAAUGAGAGGAAGAAGAAGCUUACAAUGUUGGGGAAGCCUAAACGUCCACGGACAGCUUUCAAUAUCUUCAUGGCGGAAAACUUUGAGGACGCCAAAGGUGCACUUCCACAAGCAAAGCUGAAGAAUCUCCAGGAUGAGUGGCAAAAGUUAUCUGAUACACAGAAACAGAUGUACAGACAGCUGGCUGAGGAUGAUAAAAUCCGAUACCAAAAUGAAAUCAAGUCCUGGGAGGAGCAGAUGAUUGAGACAGGACAUGAAGAUGUCAUUCGCAGAAAAAAGAAAAGAGCUCAAAGAUUGUCGCGGGCAAAAGCGAAAUCAAAUCGAACUGCGUUGCAAACAACUCCCACAAAAGCUAAAGCUUCAAAGCCGUCCACAGCUUCAAAAACAGCUAAGGCAGUUAACAGCAAGAAAAAACCUGAAGAAUAAGGUUAUUCCUAAGAGAACUAUUUUUAUUGACCAUACUGGUAACUGUUGUUGAAAACUGACUACUAUUCCUGCCAUUUCAUGAAUCUACAUGGAAUAUAUUCCUGAAUGAUUUCAUCAGAUCUUUGAACUUCUCUGCAGAGAAACAAUUUGUGACAGCAGAUAUGCUAGGCACUGUGUUAUAGUCACUUCAUAGAAAGUUAGUGUAUACAGUCUAAAUUAGGCAUAUGUGAGGAGCCUCUUGGCUUCAGUAGAAGGGAUGAUAUUUACCGGUUGUAAAUACACAAGUCUUGUCUGAAAUAAUGUUAGCUAAAUUCAGUUUUGUGAUCUACAUAUUGUGGAGUUAGAGAACUCCCCUAUGGACAGGAUCUGUAGUGCAAAUUUUUGCAACUUUUUUUUUGUAAACUGAAAUAAUGAAUGCAACAAAUUAUUAGCUGAAGAGUCUUCAAUUAUGACAUGUAAAUAAAGAUUCAGAUUUGCAUAGAA